CCUUGUUGAAAAGGUAUUGAAAAAUAGCGAAAAUAUGAAACUGAGUUCACGACUUGGUAAACUGUAAUUUCAACAACUUCGUCGAGUAGGUUUUACUGAGAAGUAAUUUCAGGAUCAGGUAUCUAUAACUGCAAGAAAAGUCCUGAAAGACUUUUACACCACAUCCGGCGUCAUCAUUUUCAACCAUGACUGUUCUUAGCAAGCCGGUGUCUCCGGUUGAGGCUGCAGCGUUUUUUCUUUUCGACGCGCGAGAAAUUCCGCAGGUUCCGACUGGCGAGGAUGCAUCGAGUCCACUGUUGAAUCUUCCGUCUAUGACGGCUUCUUCAUCUUCUUGCUCAACAAGUCGUCGUGUUCAGCUUCAUGGGAAGGACACUCCUCGAAUCUCGCUAAAAGUGGGGAACCAAACCGUUGUUCUUUCGCAGCUCGGAUCCUACACUCAGGUUCUAGCACAGCAAAUCGCGUGUUUCUUUGGAGACAGCACUUCAUCUUCAGCAGCGCAACAGCAACAACAAAAUGAAGCUGCAUAUUAUGAAGCAAGGGACGGAGGAGUUGCAGAAGAAGAAAACGAAAGAACAAGAUGUGAGGAAACAGGUGGAUCGUCGUCUUCCUCAUCUGCCAACAACACGGCGAACAACAUGAUGAUUCCAGCUCCUUUUAUAGCAGCGGCCGCUGCACUCUCCUGGCAGCAAAUCAUCGCGACCAUUGGCUUGAAUGCGGCCACCUUCUUGCACCAAGCUGCACAAGCCGCAGCAGGUGCCUCAGCAGCAGGCGCACUAUCUUCUUCACUGUUAUGGGGGUCAGCUUGUUUUAUCCAUCUGCUUCUGCUCUUGCUCUACUUUCUGCAUGAUCUCGUCUUCGGUAGUUUUAUCCUUUUGUUCCCAUAAAAGACGACAAGGGAAAUCGCAUUAUACGGUAUAAUGCUCAUAUACAUGAUGCUUCAAUUUACAUGAUGCAAAAAAUGCGUCAUAUGCGAUCUCUUCAUUAUAUUACGCAUAUUUACCGAGAUCAUCGGAGUUGUAGCGAGAUGGAAGAUAAUUUAAGCACCACAGGCUUCUAACAUCAGGAGCCGCAUCUUCUAUAGCAGCAUUAACAGGUGGAUUGCCGAUUUGCCACCUUACCUUGCGAAACGUGACAAUGGCGUGUGUGCCAUUAGUCGCGCCGUUCAAUACUCCACCUGUGGCUUACAACAACUGGUGCCAAAACAAAAGGGCUGUCGCGUUUCAGCGCUCUUUGUUCUUCCUGUGUGCAGCGCAGGGAGGCCUGGCGAUGGCCAAGUUUUUCGCAGGCAAUUUGAUCGGAGGCUUCUUCGAUGCAAUGAUUGCUGGGGUAUAGUUUUUUGGAUGACGUAGCUAGGUGGAUCAUCUGAUUUGAACAAGAUCUUCAUUUUGAUAUUCCUUUUAGAAGACUCAAUGACCUCUUAACUACUUGACCAUGUAGUACCUGAGGUGACAUGACAUGACAAUUCUUAUAAGUUGAUAGAUAAAAAACAUAACAAAAAAAGAAUCUAUAUUAUUAAUCUAUAUUAUUAAUCUAUCUUAUUAAUCUAUCUUAUUAAUCUAUCUUAUUAAUCUAUCUUAUUAAUUUAUAUUAUUAAUCUAUAUUAUUAAUCUAUAUUAUUAAUCUAUAUUAUUAAUCUACAUUAUUAAUCUAUAUUAUUAAUCUAUAUUAUUAAUCUAUAUUAUUAAUCUAUAUUAUUAAUCUCCGCCGCCAUAAAACUCCCCGCCUAACCCACCGGAGAUUAGUCCCCUCCGGCCGCGAAGGUAUUGCCCAUAGCCUCCUGCCCUUUCCCCUCACUCCUAAGCCCGAUAGCCUCCGGCCGUUUUCUUGUUGGAGUUCACCUUUCAGCCCCGUGGCAGACUACCAGAAAAGAAGCCAGAAAAAUGCCCGACGGGGGUAGGGGCGCAGGCUGGCGAGAGAAGUCCAAAGAGAAACAGCCGAAGAAAGACCUUCGACCAAAGACACCUGGACCCCAGACCUAUGGACCAGUGGCGAUCUUUGGACCGAAGGCGACCUUCAGACUGAAGGCGAUCCUUGGCCCGAUCUUUGAACCAAAGGCGAUCGCUGGACCUACCAGAGACGAUCUUGGGACCAAAGACGAUCGUUGGACCAGCGGCGAUCUUUGGACCAAAGGCGACCUUUGGACCAGAGACGACCCCUGGACCCAAGACGACCCCUGGACCCAAGACGGCCUUUGCUAUUGCUGGACCCAUGGCGACCUUUGGACCAAAGGCAACCUUUGGACCACCGGCGACCUUUGGACCACAGGCGACCUUAACCUUUGGACCACAUCCACCGGCGACCUUUGGACCACAGGCGACCUUUGGACCACACCAGACGACCGCUGGACCAGAGUAAGGCGACCUUUGGACCAAAGUACGACGACAAGUAGAGCGACCUCUGGACCAAAGUGAGGCGACCUCUGGACCAAAGUGAGGCGACCUUUGGACCAAAAUAAGGCGACCUUUGGACCAAAGUAAGACGAUCUUUGGACCGAAGGCGAUCCUUGGACCAGAGACGACCUGUGGACCAAAGGCGACCUGUGGACCAAAGACGAUCUUUGGACCAGAGGCGUUUUUUGGACCAGGCGCGACCUGUGGACCAAGGGCGACCUUUGGACCAAAGACGACCUUUGGACCACAGACGACCUUUGGACCACGGCAGACCUCUGGACCAAAGCCGACCUUUCUUUGGACCAAAGACGACCCUCAGACCAGAGGCAACCGCUGGACCACAGACGACCUGCAGACCACUCCACAGGCGACCUUUUAGGGCGACCUCUGGACCAAAGGAAGGCGACCUUUGGACCAAAGUAAGGCGACCGCACCGCUGGACCAAAGUAAGGCGACCUUUGGACCAAAGUAAGACGACACUUGGACCAAAGUGCGACGACCUUUGGACCAAAGGCGACCCUUGGACCAAAGGCGACCGUUGGACCAACGGCGACCUUUGGGCGACCGCUGGACCAAAGACCUCCGACAAGACCAGAGACCCGCGACGGCAGACAUCUGGCGAACGACCUCUGCCAGAAAAACUGCUGCCCGACCUGUGGCGAGAAGCCCUACGUACCUCGACGAAGAUAGCGAAGACCUUUGACGAAGGACGUCAGUCCGACGAACGCGGUCAGUCUGGCGAAAACAGUCAGUCCGACGAAGGGGCAGAAUCAAUCUCACGAAGGAAAGACAUCCGCAGCCCGAAGAAAGGCCCCACGCAGCCUGUUCCGCUUCCGACGCAAGGCAGACGCCUGGCGAAGCAGUGCGCCGGUCUGGCGAGAGGCGUCACCUGGCUGGUCAGUGCAUCAGCCUGACGAACCAGCGGCCCCAUGCUGAAGCAAGCCAUCAACCUGACCAAAGGCGUGAGUCUUGGCCCGGCGAGGAAUGUCAGCAAAGCGAGGCGCUUCAGUCUGACGAAAGGCGUCAGCCUGACGAGAGACGUCGCCCGACCCUGACGAAGAGCCUCAGCCUGGCCCACGACGUCCGCCGAAGGGCGCCGGCCUGUCGUCCGACGAAGGCCGCCAGCCUGGCGCAGCGCGUUGGUCUGACGAACGGCAUCAGUCUGAUGGAAGGCCUCAGUCUCCAUCCUGGCGAAAGACGUCAGCCAGUCAAGAGGCCUCAGCCACAACCCGAAGCGCGACGCCCCACGCCCCCGCGAAGUGCGCCCGUCUGUUUCUGACGAGAGACAUCGGACGAAACAAAGAAGCCCCGCCAGGUGUAAGCGCGUAGAGAGACCCGAGCAGCGCGGCCCUGCGUUGCUUAUGCUUUGUCUUGUUUGGCCCGCUAAAGCCGCCGCCCGUUCUUGCCUGGCGCCACCGCGAGGCGUUUGCGUGCGUUGGGGCUUGCGGAUUCUUGUGCGUGUCUGGUGGCCCUCUUCUGGUUUUUUCGUUGGACUGCCGUGCGGGUCUUGCAAAUUCUUAAGAAUUUGCAUGACCCCCCCGGCAAUCUCAUAAAAAAACCGAAGGCAGCGCAAUGCCCUGCACAUGAGUCGACGCAUCGACUUGAGUCGGCCACCGUCGGCGCUCGGCUCUUGUCGUAGUUAAUUCGUAGGGUGCAACAGCUCACCCGCGGGCUGUCUCUACUCUAGCGGCUGUAGCCCGUGGGAGGCUGCAGAAAAGUGCUUAACUAACUUGAAGCCGGGCGAAGCUUGUGGAGGCUAGUCAAUGAGAAUGAAUAACUCCCACAACUUCUUCAUUCGGAAAGGUAGUUCUAUGUAUACCUUCUUACACAACAACGGUCUUCUCUAUGCAAGAAAGUAGUCAGAUGCUGGAAAGUAGUCAGAUGAUGCUUAAGAAACACUUCUACUUGUCUCAUUUACUGCACCACAUCAACAUCUGGAUCACCAGACCGGUCUCUAUGCCGCGACACCUGAGGGAGUCACUAUGCUACCGACUUAUCUGUGCUUUGCGGGUUUCAACGGCGUCAUGGAUCUGUUGCAGCUACUCCAGAGUUUUCACGGUGUCAUGCCUCUGUACCUUCUGCCGUUUCAGUACGCUGCCUUUCGUCCGGAACUGUUGCUUCUUGGCUGUUACUUCACCUACGAACUCCACAAAGAACUUCAGGCCAUCUUCUGCGGUUAUCAGUGCGCGGGACCACAGGACACGCUUUUCGUACUUAAUACCAAUCACUAAGAAGUGAUGAACUAUUACUAUUGGUCGUCGUGGAUCGUAUUCUUUCUUAAUAGAUGAACUACACAUGGUUGUGGAUGUAGUCUCCUAAAAACAAAAACAACUUGAUGUUGUAGCUGCGAUCUCCCGAUCGAAGAUUUUAAUUUUAUUGAUUUUUAUUGCUCUCCCAUCCUCAUCAUUUACUUAGGUAAAAGCGAUGAGCCACGACAUCUGGGGAUCGCCUCCUGGAUGCAGCGAGCAUGAGGCGCGCCGUGUGGAGCAAGGGAAUGGGCCAAGUACAUUAGGUUCAAAUACGAACACGAACUGGGGUAUAAUUUUUAUAUAUACUACAACUAGAAUUUUUUUAGAUGAACGACAAUCUACUAAACUAGAUGAUCACGUCAACAUCAUGAUCUACUUCUACCAUUUCCACCACUCCUCCGAUCUAUCCAUCAUCUCAACCAGGUAGCGGAACCCUUGGUAGCGCGCUCGCUGGCGGGCAGGGAGCCGGUGCCGCUGGCGCCUCAGGUUUUUCAGCGGAGCCGCAAGCUCCACAACCAGCCAGACGGUUCAGCCCAUUCGGCGGAGAGGGAAGACGCCUGGGUCACGAACAAGAGCAAUAAUUAUAAUCGUCAAUGCGAGGAGGUGCCAGCACGGUACUGAGAGACUUGUUGUAUGGGUACACCUAGGAGAAAGAAACUAUUGUAGUUCGAGUGUAUUUGACUAGUGGUGUUAAGUUAGGGAUCUAAUAGAGAUUGAUUAAUCCACUAUCGUCUAGGAGGUGCAAGAACGGUACUGAGAUUGGUGGAUGGGUAGGUUCACCUAGGAUCAGGUUUCCAAAGAUGAAGAUUUCAUUUAAAUUCUUGACUGAGCUUUUCUUUUUCAUCAAAUAGUUCUUUGCUCGUAGAAGUAAAAGCAGGAAAUAAGAAGAUUAUAAUCAACGCUGAGCUUGAGGACUCCUAGAUUAUAGUGAAGAAAUGUUUAGAUAAACAGAUCACGAAUCUUCAAUGAACUUGACCAAUAGUAGAGAUCAAUCGACGCGCAGUAGCAUGAUUACAGGAUUUUUCAUUCGACUCACUUUAUCAGGUAGAACUACAAUACAUACCUCGUGAAGAGAAUCUAAGUCGUUGAUCAUGAGAGGUCCGCCACCAAUUGUUGCGCAAUCUGAACUUUACGCAGGAGUUGAUGCUGAUUCUUCUUCUUGAAUCAAAUACGCUAAGUUGUACUUCGAAGAAAAACAAAUUAGAAUUACAAAAUAAACAAAUAAUUAUCUAUCAAUGCUAGAAAAUUCUGAAAAUGAGAAUCAAGUACUAGAAUGAAAAUCAUCGCGGGGGAUGCAAAAGCAAAUGGAUAGAAUUUUUAGAAAUCAAAAUAUUCGUCUAAGAUGAAUACAAAAAGGAAGAAAGUCAGGAGAAAAAAUUGAAAUCUCGCACUCGAAAAAGAGCUGUAGAAUAAGAGAUUCACAGGUUGUCACCCG